GUGGGGUUUCUUUUGAAUGAUCAUGUUAGUUAAAGCCGUAGCCUUAUUUAUGUAUGCCCGGGAUAGGUGGAGCAGUGCAGCAGUUUUCAGGUUGAGUUGAGGGAUCGUGCGCAUGCGCAGACAGAGAGUCUGGGAGUAUAAAGAGCGAAAGAUUUGGUUGUAGUUUAUUUAGUAAGUUCCCUUCACUUCCGGUACAGACAUGGACCUCAGCACUCUGCUGGUGGAAGUCAGCGCCGGGAGCCACGAAGAGACAGCUGCAGCCUUGAAGGAAUACAAUGAACAGAAUCGCUCGCUGUUUCAAUUUAAUUCGGCUGAUGAGGACAAAAGAAAGAAACUAUGUGAAUCUAUUUUCCAAGUACUGGAAAAGGGAAGCGGCACGUCUUGCCAGAUUGCCUGCUUGGAGGCUCUCCGAAUCCUCUCCCGGGAUAAAAAGGUUUUAACGCCAGUGGUCACAAGGGAGAACAUGAAGACCCUCAUGAAACUGGCGAAACUGGAUCCUGAACUGAAAACUCUAGGUGACUCUGAAGACUUUCCAGUUAUUGUGGAAUCGUUGAAGUGCUUGUGCAAUAUUGUGUUUAAUAGUCCUGAGGCACAGAAACUGAGCCUGGAAUUAAAUAUGGUUUCUGGACUCUGCCACCUCUUGGAGAUGUGCGACGGUGGGCAGACAAUCAAUGACAUUCGCUGUUUUGAUUUGAGGCUACUCUUUCUCUUAACACUGCUGCAUACAAACACCAGGUCUAAACUGAAAGAGGAACUGCAAGGACUCCCACUGCUGACAAACACCCUGGAGAGCAUUUUGGGGAUUCACUGGGUUGGGGAGUACCGAGCUGCUGCAGUGUCUGGCACCCAACCAUUGGCUAUGAAGGAGACCGACUGCAUUAUAGAGGCACUAAAGGCUCUCUUUAAUGUGACUCUGGACAGCUGGAAUAUCCACAGUGAGAGUGAUGCUCACCAGUUUCGUCACCUGGUUGCACUCUUACGGCAUAUUUUACUGGCCCGGGGUCCUUCUGAGGAGAAGUCUGAGGAGCUGCACAGCAAUACGAUCAACUUGUUGAGCAAUGUUCCAGUCUCCUGCCUGGAUGUUCUCAUCCAAUCACGUGGACAAGAAAUGUCUGCAAACAACAAUGAGCCAGACAUGGAGGCAAUUCAACUCAUUCUGAAUUUUAUGGAGAAGAGAAUAGAUAAGGGCUGCAGCUACAGAGAAGGUCUCACACCCGUUCUUAGCUUACUUACAGAAUGUUGCAGGGUCCACAGAAGUAUCCGGAAAUACAUCAAAGCAAAGGUUCUUCCUCCACUGAAGGAUGUAAGUAACCGACCAGAGAUUGGGACAACAGUAAGGAACAAACUGGUGCGGUUGAUGACCUAUGUGGAUUUAGGAGUGAAGCAGAUCGCAGCUGAAUUUCUGUUUGUUCUCUGUAAAGAAAGAGUGGACAACCUACUGAAGUAUACUGGUUAUGGAAAUGCAGCUGGGCUUCUUGCCGCCCGAGGGCUCCUGGCUGGUGGUAGAGGUGAUCGCUGGUAUUCUGAUGAUGAGGAUACUGAUACUGAAGAAUACCUCCAGGCAAAACCAAACAUAAAUUUAAUCACGGGUCAUGUGGAGGAACCAAUGCCAAACCCAAUGGACGAAAUGACAGAGGAACAGAAGGAGUACGAAGCUAUGAAACUGGUCAGCAUGUUUGACAAACUGUCCAGGGAAGAUAUUAUUAAACCAAUGGGCGUGAGAGCAGAUGGGACGAUGGCACCAAUGGAAGAAGUUAUACAUGGUACACGGGUGCCCGAGCCAGAGGACUCCGAUUCAGACUAACACAAUCUCCUGUGUUUUUUUUUUACUUUUGUUUUUGAUAUCUAUUUAUACUCUUGAUAAGUCAGAACAUUUUGUCUUUAAGAAGUAAAAAUAAGGUAUAUACUUUUUUUUUCUGUUACCUUUUCACCAAACUACUGUCCAUUACAUUUAUAAAUGGUUUAUAAUAAACAAAAAUAGUUAUUGUAGGGGUGAUGGAAGAUGGGUGUUUCUGCAAGCUGUGAAUAUUUUAAAUAAAAUCCAAUGGUGUGAUUCACCUAUUA